UUAGCAUGUGUUGUUGGAACAGUUUUUAAGUCGUAAAAAAAGUUCCUGUUUUUGUUUCCCAGCUACUUCUGAUUUGUUGAGGAACAGCAGCCAGCCUCUCAAAACAGCACGACAUGGAAGAAGAGGGAAAUAGUAAACCAUCCAUUAUGACUGAUAUGGCUGCAGCAGAAAAGGAUGAUGAUGAUGAUGAUGAUUUCAAAGCUAAAUGGACCCAAGAAGAGGAUGAAAAUCUCAAAAUUCUGGUCAGCAGCUUUGGACAAAAAGAUUGGAGAACAAUUGCUAGUUUUUUACCAGGGCGAUCAGAAAUACAAUGUAUGGUUCGCUGGAAAAAACAUCUGAGUCCUGACAUUAUCAAAGGCCCUUGGUCCAAAGAGGAAGAUGAAAAGAUGGUGGAGCUGGUGGCCAGGUUUGGCACCAAAAACUGGGCUGCAGUUGCUAAGCACCUAAAGGGUAGGAUGGGAAAACAGUGCCGUGAACGAUGGUAUAACCAACUUGACCCGAUUCUUAACAAGAGUACCUGGACUGAUGAAGAAGACCUCAUUUGCUACAAAGCUCAUUGCAUUCUUGGUAAUCGGUGGGCUGAGAUUUCCAAGCUGCUCCCUGGACGAUCAGACAACUCUGUAAAGAACCACUACAACUGCUCGAUCAAACGCAAAGCCGAGCUAGGCAUGUUCAAGGAUGUAUUUGACACAGUUUCCAUUAAUAUUCAAAAUUUUACGGAUGGAGAGGUGGACUUCAAAUGUGAUGUCGUAAUAGACGCUGAUCCAGUGAAUCCUGAACUUGUCAAGUCUCAGAGAGUAAAACAGACCAAGGAGAACGAGAAAGAAAAACAAAAGAAGGCUGUUCAAGCUCAUCAAAACCCUGCAUCAAAAGAGUCGUCCUCCACUUGUCCUCCUUUGCCCCACAGUUCAAGUUCCAGUCCAAGUUCUGUUGUUGUGUCCGUUACUCAGGUGGAGCAGAAAAGGUUUGCUGAAGCAGCACUGAGAAUGAUCGCUGAAGACAUGCUGCCACUCAGUUUUGUUGAAGGCACAGGCUUCAGGUCAUUCAUGAGUACCAUCAGUCCAGAGUACAGCAAACUUUCCCAGCGUGCCGUUGGCCUUCUGCUUUAUGAGGAAGUGGAACGAACCAUCAAACCAAAGCUCAUCCGUGACCUCAAAAUGUCCCUUGCCAAAACCACAGAUGGUAAAAAUUUAAUUCAUGUCACUUGUGACCUGUGGGCGGGAGAUUCAACUGAACAUUUGGAUGAUCCCAUGCUCGUUGUGCAGCUCCACUUCCUUAACGAAUCCUGGCAGCUUCGUCGUCCUAUUGUGGCCUUUCGUCACCUCAGCCAUAAAAAACUCAGUACUGUUGUGGCCAAGGAGAUUGAGGGUGUGCUGCUGAGCUACGGCAUCUUUCCACAAACCAUUGGAUACAUCUUUGCUAACCAGGCCAAAGAGCUGCUAUCUGGAAACAACUUGUUUUGUGACUACAGGAUCGUAUGUUCGUCUAACAGGGGAGAACCAGACGUGGAUGAAAUCUUGACUUUUUUGUCAGACCGGUCCUCUGAAACACAGUCCCCGUUUUCCAAGUUGCAGACUGGGAUAAGAACGACAUGUAUUGUCAGAAUGUUGCAGACUGUUAUCAAGGAUGCUCUAAAGAAUUCCAGAGUAGUUGAGAACCUGCUCUCACAAGCCCACAAUGUUGUAGCUUUCUUUAGGAAAUGUGCCUACUGGAGUGAGGCUCUGUUGAAGGAGUGCAACGUGUCUCUGUGCCCUUCCUCCAGUAAUUGUCGCUGGAACUCCAUGAUGCUAUCCUUACGACGUAUGGUGCAGGAGACUACAUGGAGCACCGUCAUGACUCUCCUGGCCCAGGCUCGUAUAGAGGCCACAGACUCAUCCAGCGCCCCCCCACUGGUCAUGGUCAAGAGGGAGCAGGUGGCUGAUAUUCUGGGUCUUCUUCAGCCUUUUGAGGAGGCUUUGCAGGUCCUCCAAGGUAAUGGUGUGACCAUCUCUUUUAUCAUACCCUCCCUCAUCAACCUUGAUAAGAACUUGGAGAACUGUGCCACUAACUACAUGCACUUUUGCAAGGCCCUGCGUACCGGCCUUCACACACAUUUCCAGUCUCUGAUUUACCAGUCAGACAUCCUGCUUGCUACAGUGCUCGAUCCCAGACUCAAACUGCAGCCAUUUCCUGAUGCCAAACUGAAAGCUGAAGAGAAUGUCUUAACACCUCCAUCAAAGUCUGAAGUUCACAGCAUCCUAGCAGCGAUAUUAUACUGCAAGAAGGUCUCAGAAUCCUCUCCUGAGUCUGAGGUGGCAGGCAACGAGACAGCAAGCACCGAGCAGACAGAGGAGCAGGCUGAGGGAAGAGAAAGACAACCCAAGGAAACCGAGGAAACUGGCAUCUCAGAUGAUAUGUUGGACGAAGUCAGCAGAAACAACUUCAAGCGCAAGUCCAUCUUUAGCUCCAUCCUGCCUCCUGCAAAGACUAUGAAGAUGUCAGAGUUUGACCAGUACCUGUCGGAACCCGUCUUGGAAAAUGUAUUCAUUCUGUCCUACUGGAAAUCUGCCCUUCGCUUCCCACGACUGCAAGAGAUUGCCAGGAAGCUGCUGGCUGCACCAGCUACCACUGGGGGAUUCGACCGCCUUUAUCCGAUGGCAACAUGUAUCGUGAAAGCCAAACGGAACCAUCUCCUUCCUCACACCACAGAGCGACUGCUCCUGUACAGAAACACUGUUAAAACUAGUCCUGUUAACAAGGUCGGCGGAGUUCCUAAAAAGUGAAGAGCCAAGCGACACUUGAGUCUCGUUUUCAUCCAGAUCUACCCAAGUGUUCUUGUUUCACCCAGCCGAAGCUCUGAAAGUAAGCUGCUGAACUAGUUACUGUAGUUACUUUGUAAUAAAUGAUUAAAUAAAAUCUCAUUAACUGUUUGUAAAUAAAUGUAGGUUUUUUUUUUUGCACAUCAUGGAAAAUUGUAAUUUGUCUGAACUGUGACUCGAGAAAAAAUUAUAGCCCCAGGAUGAAUCUUUUUGUUGUUGUUAGAGUUCUAAUCAAAGGAAGAGAACAUGUACUUUUGGAGAAUUUCAAACUUUCUGACUAUGCUCUUGAGAUAUUUUUAUUUUUUAUUUAACUUUUAUUUAUACAAGUAGACUCAUUGAGUCAUGAGCACUAAUUUUCACGAGAGACCUGUUUAUCAAGAAAGAUUAAAAAUUAUUGUACACCUUUUACUUUUCAAAGAA